AUGACACAACAACCGUUUACAGAGGCCCCCAAUCUAAGGCCAGAGCUCUUCACAUUUUCAUCUCCCAUAGACCAACGUGUCGCAUAUGUCAUUGUUGCCUUUUUGUUUCUCCUGGCAGUUUACAGCACCGGGCAGAGGAAAGCAAAUGUACCCGAGCUGAACGCUCCCAAGUCUCGUUUGAGGCUGUUUGGCAGUGUGCCGGCAGAGCAGACCCAGAGCUUUGUCCGGCAUAGCAAGGAGUUCAUCAAAGCUGGCCGGGCCAAAUUCCCUGAUGAGCCAUAUCGUUUGUACACUGGCAGUUACAUCGGUGCCACUGACGCUGUUAUAAUUCCCCCAAGGCUCAUCAACGACAUUCGCAAUGAGCAGGCCCUGAGCUUUCGCGACUUCCAUGCCCAUGUCCAGGGCUUUGAAGGCCUCAUUGGGGAUGAGAAUUUAUCGCAGCUCGUCAACAGGCAUUUGACCAAGGCACUUAAUAAAAUGACCAAGGCGUUAUCGGAUGAGGCAAAACUAGCACUGUCCAAGAAGUUCGGGGAACCAACUUCAGAAUGGCUCGAAUUCAAACCCUCCUCAGACAUGCUUCAAAUCGUCGCGCAGGUCUCCACGAGAAUAUUCAUGGGAGAGGAACUUUGUCGCAACGAGGACUGGCUCAAUGAAUCCGCCUUGUACACCAGAUGUGCUUUCAACGCCGUCGAAGUGUUGCGGGAUUGGCCAUCCAUAUUGCGCCCCUGGGUAGCCCCCUUCCUUGCCGAAUGCAAGGAAAUGCGCGCAAGAAUGGCACGCUGCCAAGAGAUAUUGGAACCAUAUGUCACUGCACGGAGGGCUGCUAAAGCUAAGGCGCUAGCUGAGGGAGAGAAACCCCCAGUGUUUAAUGACUCUCUGGAGUGGUUCGAGAAGGAGUAUAAACAUUACGACGCCGCUACAGCUCUGAUUACACUUUCCAUUGUCGCAAUCCAUACAACAUCAGAUCUCAUGUCAGAAAUCAUGAUACAGCUUGCUCGCCACCCCGAGAUGUUCCAGCCUCUCCGAAAAGAGAUUGUGGAAGUUCUCAGCAGAGAUGGUCUGAAAAAGACAGCACUAUAUAACCUCAAGCUGAUGGACAGCGUCAUCAAGGAGUGCCAGCGCCUGAAGCCUGUGACUCUCACGACCAUGCGGCGCAAAACCGUCAAACCGUUGAAGCUCUCAAAUGGACUGGUCAUCCCCAAGGGUGAGCAUGUGUGGGUUGAUGUCGCCCACAUGUGGUCUGAGGAGCACUACGAGAAUCCGGAAGAGUUCAACCCGUACCGCUUCAAGGACCUCCGCGGGACAGACAAGGAGCACACGGCGCACUUCGUGACAACUAGCGCCGAGCAUAUCGGCUUUGGGCACGGGGAACACGCGUGUCCUGGCCGCUUCUUCGCAUCCAAUGAGCUCAAGAUAAUUCUGUGCCACAUGCUCUUGAAGUACGAGUGGAAGCUCCCUGAAGGGCACGAUCCGAAGUAUAUCCCCUUCGGCAUGGCCCUGGUUCCUGACCCGGAGGGCAAGCUAUUGUUCCGGAGGCGCCAGGAGGAGAUUGAUCUGGGAAGUCUCGAAAGCUAG